GGAGUUGCAAAGUUUCUUCAGUAAACUCACAAUGGAAAGAGGAGCGCCCUUCGCAGACUGUGAAGGCUUCCUGUGGUCAGAGUGGAUUACCGCCUUCAGUAAGGAGAAGGAGCCACACUCCAGGAUAUGAAGCUGGUUGCAGUGAUUUUCCUGCAGAAGUCUGCGGAUUGUUCACAGACUUUUCCUCCAUCACCUGCCCGUCUUGUGCAUGAGUGUGUGUUGUGUAAGCUCAGGCGGGCGGACCCUCUUAAUUUAUGAGAAACAAUGACACUUUGAUAUAAAAAACCCCCACAGUGCUGACUCACUGCCACUGAUGAGGACCAAAGAUUCCCCCUAUCAAGAGUCAGCUGUGUUUUUCUCCUCCAGCCCUCACUAACAACAAAAAAAAAACCUCCACCAUUCAGCGCUCCUCGUUGCCAUUGGAAGAAACCCAAUGUCUGCCUCCUCUCCCCCAUCCUUACCUCGAGCCUUCCUCCACUCUCUCCAUCCGCACCACCCAUCCGGCCCGCUCUACGCAAGGCUGUCCAACGGGGGUCACAGCGUCCCCAGCCCCACCAACUCCCGCGGCUCUUUCCACGGGGUGUCCUUCCUGCUGCAGAUAGGACUGACCAGAGAGACGGUGAACCUGGAGGCCAGUGACCUGUCGCUUUCCGCUGUCAAGGACCUGGUGUGCUCCAUAGUGGACCAGAAGUUCCCGGAGUGCGGCUUCUUUGGCAUGUACGACAAGAUCCUGCUGUUCCGCCAUGACUUAAGUGACGAGAACAUCCUGCAGAGGCUAACCUCAGCGGAGGACAUCCACGAAGGAGACCUCAUUGAGGUGGUGCUCUCUGCUCAAGCCACAGUUGAAGACUUCCAGAUCCGACCCCAUGCCCUUUACGUCCACUCCUACAAGGCCCCCACCUUCUGCGAUUACUGCGGGGAGAUGCUAUGGGGUCUCGUCCGGCAGGGGCUUAAAUGUGAAGGAUGCGGGCUAAACUACCACAAGCGCUGCGCCUUUAAGAUCCCUAAUAACUGUACUGGUGUCAGGAAGAGGCGACUGUCCAAUGUCUCACUGCCCGGACCCUCGCUCUCCGUCCCCCGACCGGCACCUGCGGAGAAUGCCGUGGUCGUCCUGGACGAGCAGCAGAGGUCCCAUCAGGAGGCAGGGAAGAGGAUCCUGUCCUGGAGCGGCAGGCCUAUCUGGAUGGAGAAGAUGGUGCUGGGCCGGGUCAAGGUGCCGCACACCUUUGCCAUUCACACCUACACUCGCCCCACUAUCUGCCAGUACUGCAAGCGUCUGCUCAAGGGUCUCUUUCGCCAGGGCAUGCAGUGUAAAGAUUGCAGAUUCAACUGCCAUAAGCGAUGUGCUUCAAAGGUACCUCGGGACUGUCUGGGGGAGGUGGACUUCAAUGGAGAGCCAGCCAGCCCUGGCCCAGACUCCGACACCACCAUGGAUAAUAUGGAGGUGGACAGUGGCGAUUUGGAUGGCGGCAGAGGACUGGACGACCCCGAGGAACCCUCCACCCCAGAUGAGAGGAUGUUUGACAUGGAUUCUCCCCUAUUGGAUAGAGAGAAGGACGAAGAGCCCAUCAAGACUAUUAGCCCUUCCACCAGCAGCAACAUCCCUCUGAUGCGGGUGGUCCAGUCCAUCAAACACACCAAGAGGCGGAGCUCCACUGUGGUGAAGGAGGGCUGGAUGGUUCAUUAUACGAGCAGGGACAACCUGCGGAAGAGACAUUACUGGAGGCUGGACAGCAAGAGUCUGAGUCUCUUCCAGAACGACACCGGAGCCAAGUUCUACAAAGAAAUCCCUCUGUCCGAGAUCCUCCAGGUGGAACAGUCCAGAGACUACAGUAAUCUGGCCCAGGGCAGCAACCCACACUGCUUUGAGAUCAUCACAGCCACCAUGGUCUACUAUGUAGGGGAGAACAACUGCAGUCACUACCACAGCCCCGCUCUGGCUGCCUCAGGAGUCGGCAUGGAGGUGGCUCAGGGCUGGGAGAAGGCCAUCAGACAGGCCCUGAUGCCCGUCACCCCUCAGCCCAGCGUGGCCAGUGCUGCUGGCCAGGGCAAGGAUCAUAAAGAGCUGUCCAUCAGCAUAUCCGUGUCCAACUGCCAGAUCCAGGAGAAUGUGGAUAUUGCUUCAGUGUACCAAAUAUUCUCUGAUGAAGUGCUGGGAUCCGGCCAGUUUGGCAUCGUGUAUGGAGGCAAACAUAGAAAGAGCGGCAGAGAUGUGGCCAUCAAGGUGAUUGACAAGAUGAGAUUUCCUACCAAGCAGGAGAGCCAGCUAAGGAAUGAGGUGGCCAUUUUACAGAAUUUGCAUCACCCAGGUAUCGUCAACUUGGAGUGCAUGUUUGAGACGCCGGAACGGGUGUUCGUCGUCAUGGAGAAGCUGCACGGCGACAUGCUGGAGAUGAUUCUGUCCAGCGAGAAGAGCAAACUGCCUGAACGCAUCACCAAGUUCCUAGUCACACAGAUUCUGGUGGCCUUGAGACAUCUGCACUUCAAAAACAUUGUUCACUGUGACUUGAAGCCUGAGAAUGUACUACUGGCGUCCGCGGAACCUUUUCCUCAGGUGAAGCUGUGUGACUUUGGCUUCGCCCGCAUCAUCGGCGAGAAGUCGUUCCGGCGCUCGGUGGUUGGCACCCCGGCUUACCUGGCUCCAGAGGUGCUGCGCAGUAAAGGCUACAACCGCUCCUUAGACAUGUGGUCAGUGGGAGUCAUUGUGUACGUCAGCCUGAGCGGGACUUUCCCUUUUAACGAGGACGAGGACAUUCACGACCAGAUCCAGAAUGCUGCCUUCAUGUACCCCCCUACGCCCUGGAAGGACAUCUCCGCGGAGGCCACAGAUCUGAUCAACAAUCUUCUCCAAGUCAAGAUGAGGAAGAGGUACAGCGUUGACAAGUGUCUCAGCCAUCCCUGGUUACAGGACUAUCAGACAUGGCUGGACCUCAGGGAGUUCGAGACGCGGCGAGGCGAGCGCUACAUCACCCACGAGAGCGACGACGCACGCUGGGAGGAGUUCGCAGACGAGCACAGUCUCCUUUAUCCAAAACACUUCAUCAUGGCUCCCAACCUGGACGACAUGGAAGAGGACCCCUAGUGGGGGACUUACUACACCACAUGUAUUAAAAACGGACAAGAAGUUUCACAGGGAGACUUUGGGAGUGACGGUUUUACCCCCCACCCCCCAGAACUGUUUGUUGUGUAAACAGAGAGAAGCCUAUCAGGUGGAGAAUCACUCUCCAGAGGCUUUAAAGUGGGGGACAAAACCUGCCAGAAUUUGUAGCACGAUGCACUGCUACAAGCAGUACGCAGGUGGAGAUGCACGCCACAGAAACGCAUUAAGAAACUAUCAGGAGAGAAGAGUGUCCAUCUACUUUUUUGCACGAUAUCAAAACAUUCCAUGGAUUUACUAAAGUUUGGUUCAUUGUUAAAAACAAUCACAAACCCAAACAAGGUGAACUGAAUAGUUUAGUUAGUGUACUCACAAUUUUGGAUGACUUUGAGUAAUAAUAUGACUCUGUUCUUCAUGUGAGAGAAGUGGUCGGAUAGAGAGCUUACCCCAGGAGUAAAGGGCACUUUUCACAAGGGAUUUACAGUCUGAGAAUUUUAAAACGCAUCAGUUUUGUUCUCAUUUCCCACCCGUUUGUGAGACUGUCCUUUGACAUGAAACUGGAACUAUCACAUAUAUUUGUAUGGUUUUUUUAAUGUAUUUUUCAAAUGUGGUAGAUUUUUGCACUAUAAUACCAUUGAACAUAGCAAUUGAAUAGAAACACUAUUCGCUGCUACAGAGAGCAAACAGUGUUUGAGUGUCCAGACAAGGUGCAAAGUUUUAACCAGAGACAAUCGGCAGAAAGUUGAUGCAACUCAUGCGGUAUUGGCUGAUUUGUCACCAUUUUUUUAUAACAAAACUCUACAGGUAUUUUCAACCAACACUUCUUUAGAGUUUGGCAGCUAAUAGUGUGCAUGUUUGAUCAACUUUCCCCUGGAGACAGUGACCAACAGACCCUGACCAAAAAUGUGUUUCAGUGUUUCCAAACCUUUUCUAAAUUGACAUGAAUAUUCAUUUCUUGAGUCACUGAAUAAGUCAUUAAAUGCAAUAAUGGAGCCAUUUUUUUUUCUGUUCAACAUGAUGCAAAAGCGGCAUGGACUCUAUGUUAGAGCAUCAUGUGUCUGUGCAUCUUUUUCUGUACUAUCGCAGUAUUCUUGAAUGUGACUUUUUAAGUACUCCAAUUCUGGAAUAUGUAUUUCUGAUUUAGGUAUCUGAAGUGUUGCAUCGCCGGAACCGGCAAACCGAGGUUUUACAUAGAACAAAAUAUUCGUAUGAGUUUCCAUGUUUAUGAUGUCUGGACCGUUUUAACAGCCGUUUUUGUCUAGACAGUGGACAAAGUAGAAACUAUUACAAUUUCGUCCACAUGGGAGUUUAAUGUACUUAGUUUGCUCUGUUGUUGUGUUUUGGGAGUACGUUCCUGUUUCCUGUUGUCCUCUUCCUGUCCUCUUUGUUGCCGCUGGAUUGGCAGGUGUCAGUGUUUUGUAUAUUUCAGUACAUACCAAUGGAAUAAAGAAAGACUCGAUUUCUCA